AAACUGGAAUAUUUUAGGGUUAGGAAAUUUAUUCUCUCUCCCAAUAUUCUCAUUGAAUUCUAUGUCUAAAUACCCUCAGCUCUCUCGUCUUGUCGAAAAUUUUCCAUUUUGAUGCUCCCUGCUUUGCGUUUUCCGCCCAAUUGUUCCUCUUCCUUAGGGUUUUGAAUUAUUCCGUUCUUAGCUUUGAUUAUUAGCUUUUAUAGAUUCAAGAAGUUGAGUGUUUCCAUCAAAUUAUGGUUUUGGAAGUAAUUUAGGUAAAUAUUCAUUCGAAUUCUGCGUGUUUUAUCUGAAUGGGUUACUGGGUUUUCGCAAUUAUCGCUUUAUUUCGUUGAUGCUGUUUAGUUGUGAUCACGCGAAUGCUUGGAUUUUUCCUGGGGAAGUGUUUUUUUCGGGAAAAUUUAAAAUCUUUAAGGAGUGAAUGUACCCUCUUGAUAUGGAUUAUUCGCGCGAAAGUGGAAUGGUGUUGAUUCCGACGCGGUUUGUGUGGCGUUAUGGUGGGAGAAUUGUGUAUAUUAGUGGCUCUUUUACCGGGUGGACACAAUGGCCAAUGACCCCGGUUGAGGGGUGUCCUACAGUGUUUCAAACAAUUUGCAGUCUUCCACCCGGUUAUCACCAGUACAAAUUUGUGGUUGACGGUGAAUGGAGACAUGAUGAGCACCAGCCUUCUGUCAAUAGUAACAUUGGAACAGUGAACACUAUCCUCUUAACUACAGAAGCUGAUUACCUUACUCCAAUGCUGAGCCCACAAGCGCCUCCAUCUGGUCAUGGUUCAAGCAUGGAUGUCGAUAAUGAGGGCUUCCAGCGUGUGGUUCGGGUGUCAGAUAGUACAUCUCCUGAGCCCUUCCCGACAAUAUCAGAGGCUGAUGUAGAUGUUUCUCGGCAUCGUAUAGCUGUAUUCUUGUCAGCUCACAAGGCAUAUGAGUUGCUCCCGGAAUCUGGGAAGGUUAUUGCUUUGGAUGUUGAACUCCCUGUAAAGCAAGCAUUUCAUAUCUUGCAUGAACAGGGGAUCUCCAUGGCGCCUUUGUGGGACUUCUCGAAGGGGAAAUUUGUUGGAGUUCUUAGUGCAAUGGAUUUUAUCUUGAUUAUGAGAGAGCUUGGCAGGCAUGGGUCAAAUUUGACAGAGGAAGAGCUCGAGACACAUACCAUAUCUGCUUGGAAAGAAGCAAAGUCUUAUCUGAAUAAUCAAAUUAAUGGGCAAGGAGCAAUAGUUCCAAGACAACUUGUACAAGCUGGGCCAGAUGACUCUUUGAACGAAGUUGCUCUGAAGAUUUUGCAAAGUGGUGUUGCAACAGUUCCCAUCAUUCAUUCUCCUUCGGCAGAUUCCCCGAACAAAAAUCUAUUACAUCUUGCUUCACUUUCCGGGAUACUAAAAUGUAUAUGCAGGUUUUUUAGGCAUUCACCUGGUUCGUUGCCAGUACUUCAAUUGCCAAUUUGUUCAAUUCCCUUGGGCACUUGGGUUCCUAAGAUUGGAGAGCCAAAUCGCAGGCCAUUGGCAAUGUUGAGACCUAGUGCUUCUCUUAGUGCAGCAUUAAAUUUAUUAAUUCAAGCACAAGUUAGUUCAAUCCCUAUCGUCGAUGACAAUGACUCUUUAUUGGAUGUAUAUUCUCGAAGUGACAUAACUAGUUUGGCCCGAGACAAAAUCUAUACACACAUUAAUCUCGAAGAAACUACUAUUCAUCAGGCGUUGCAGUACAGAGACGACCCAUUUUCAGCAUACGGCUCUAACAUUCAAAGAUGUUUUAUGUGUUUACGUACCGAUCCUCUCCAUAAAGUCUUGGAGAGGUUAUCCCAGCCAGGUUAUCCAUUUCUUCUCGUCCGUUUUAAGACGUUAUUCAGAUACAUGUAUAACUUUUCCCCUAAUUCCCAGUGUGCAUGCUUUUCUUCUCAGGAGUGAGGCGUCUCGUCGUCGUUGAAGCUGGAAGCAAGCACGUAGAAGGUAUCGUUUCUUUGAGCGACGCGUUCCGAUUUCUCAUGGGCCGUUAAGCAAAUGCAACAGUGUAUACAAUGGAUGGUUCCUCUCUCAUUCUUGGCCUGGUUUUAAGUUAAUAGGCUAAAAGAUGAGAAAUGUAAGUGAAUGUAGCUCUCGUUGCUCAAUAUGUCUAGCAUCUCAAUUUUUUUUAGAAAUAGGCAAAAAGUUCCUGCUUAUUCUGCUAUGGAAAUUGGAGGAAAAAUAAAAAAAAAAUGAAAUGGGAUGAUUUUUCUUUUCUUCUUUUUAAUUUUCAUUUCCUUAGUCUUAUUUAUGUAUGAUUCUUGCCAUUGUUAGGCCUCUCUUAUCUGGUCACCUUUUUUUGGUGAUGCUUCUUUUGCUACAAUUGAAAGGAAAAUUCCACUGCACAUUUUUUGUUGAAUCAAUGUCUGAUUAAGGCCCAUGAAUUCUGGUGCCUGUUUGUCUU